AUGGGUACGCUCCGAGAUCUUCAGUUCGCGCUGCAGUUGAAGAUAGAGGAGUUACGGCAGAGAGAUGCUCUUAUCGACGAGCUGGAGCUUGAACUGGACGCCAAAGACGAUCUCAUACGCCGCCUGCAGGGGGAGCUCGACCGUCUGCGGCUCACUGGCUCCGCUCCUCAAGUCUCUCGAGCCUCCCAGGGUCAACAGCGUGUUUCUUCUUUGAGAGGGAGGAGACAAACCCUGGUAACAGAGCCCAUUAAUGUGGAGCCAGAACUUCUUACAAAAAUCUUACAAAACCCUCCAAUCAGCUACAGCAAGAGUCAAGAGUCACAGAGGCUGAUAGAGGCAGCUUUAGCAGAGAGUGAGUGCAUGAAAUAUCUAGACAGGGAUCAGAUGCUGCAUCUGGUGGAUUCUGCCUAUCCUACCACAUUUAAAGAGGGUGUUUGUGUUAUUCAGGAAGGUGAUGAUGGAUCUCAGGCAUAUAUAGUUGAAGAGGGAAAGCUGGAGGUAUCCAGGGCUGGCCAGAGGCUGCCCAUUAUUGAGCCAGGGGUGAUGUUUGAAGAACUGGCUCUCAUUCAUAACCACACCUGCACCACUACUGUCACAGCUCUUGUGAACAGCAGGCUAUGGGUGAUCGAGGGUCAGGUGUUUCAGAAAGCCAUGCUGAGGAACAGUCUGAUCGCAGUCACUCAGUCACUGCACUUCCUGUGCAGUGUUCCACUGCUCUCUGCAUUACCAGAGAAUGUUCUCAUGAAAUUGUCUGAUGCACUGGAAGAGUCUCACUACGGUGAAGGUGAUUAUAUAAUUCGAAAUGGCAUUCCGGGAGAUACAAUCUUUAUUGUGAGUCAAGGCCAGGUGACAGUUUUAGAGAAACAAGCUGCCUUUGAAGAGAGUGUGUUUGAGUCUGUCCUUGCCAGAGGAGACUGUUUUGGGGAGAGAGCUUUAAAAGGGGAGGACGUGAGGUCGAUGAGUGUGGUCGCUGCAAGCGAUGUGACAUGUCUGGUCAUAGACAAAGAGUUUUUCAAAAAUGUAUCUGGAGGCUUGGACGAGGUUAGAAAACAUCAGAGCAACAAGCCUAGACCAAAGGCAGAGGAAGAUGAGACUGCGUUUGGUGAAAUGUCUCUUAGCAGUUUUCAGGUGUUGUGUAAUCUGGAGGAAGGUCAGUACGGUCACACUCAGCUGGUCCAUUUGAAGGGUGAUCCCAGUUGCAAGUUUGCAUUAAAGAUAAUAAGAAAGCAGGCAAUAAAAAGCCCAGGCCAAAGAGAGAGAAUCCUUGCAGAGAAACACAUUGUGAUGGAUCUCCAAAGUCCAUUCAUAAUAAGGUUGCACUGUACCUUUAAAGAUGCUAGAUGUCUUUAUAUGUUGAUGGAGGCUUGUGAAGGGGGAGAUCUGUGGAAUUUACUGAAGGAGAGGGGUUCAUUGGAAGAAGAUACUGUCCGUUUCUACACAGCAUGUGUGCUAGAAGCUCUUGGUGUUUUACACAGCAAAGGCAUUAUUCACAGAGACCUGAAACCAGAGAAUGUGCUACUGGACCAGCGAGGAUAUGCUAAACUGACAGGGUUUGGUUCUGCUAAGAAGCUAGGUUCUCUAUGCAGGGCCUGGUCAUUUUGUGGGUCUGAGGGUUAUCAGGCUCCAGAGGUCAUUCUCCAUAAAGGUCACGGCUUGUCAGCAGAUCUCUGGGCUGUAGGAAUAUUGGUGUAUGAGCUGCUUAAUGGCAGUCCUGUGUUCUCUGGCUCAGAGCAGCUGAAGGUUUACACAGCAGUUUUGAAGGGAAUAGAUGAGGUAGAGUUCACCAAAAUCAUCAGCAAGACUGCAGCUCAUCUCAUCAACAGCCUCUGCAGACACAACCCCACAGAGAGACUGGGCCAGAGGAAUGGGGUCAAGGACAUCUGCAAACACAUGUGGUUUGAAGGGUUUGACUGGGACGGACUUCAGAAGGGCACAGUGACUCCACCAGUGAUACCAAACGUUCCCACUGUUUUAAAUCAUGGAGGAUUGUCUUUUCCAGCAGAAAGCCACAUGGACGCAGCACUUGUGGAUGAUUCAGAUUGGGACAUAGACUUUUGAUUUGUAACAUGCUCUAUUAUAAAUGAUGCCCAUUGGAAAACAUAUUGGACUUUAUUUUGCACAGAAUUUUGUACGCCAAACUGCCCCUCACUGGGUGUUUUUUGUUUUUGGCACCAUUCUGAGUAAAUUUAGGGACUGUUAUGCGUGAAAAUCCCAGGAGAUCAGCAGUUACAGAAAUACUCAAACCAGCACGUCUGGCACCAACAAUCAUGCCAUGGUCUAAAUAACGUGAACAUUAUCUGAAGCUCCUGACCCAUAUCUGCUUGAUUUUAUGCAUUCUAUUGCAGCCACACGAUUGGCUGAUUAGCUAAUCACACAAAUAAGUAGUUGUACAGGUGUUCCUAAGUGUUCAGUGAGUGUUUAUGCACUUGAAAACCAAUCUUGUUUUAACACCUAAAAACAAUCAUAUUAAACAAUGUUUUGAGCAUACCCUAGUGAAACCAUCCAUCAAGAAUGUAAUAAGAAAUUUGUACAGGCAUCUUAUUGGAAUCAUGAUUUGGAACCAAUCCUAAAGGAUCCUAAUUGGGAUGUUAAAUUGGGACAAAACUUAGAACACAUAG